AUGUACGCAACAACAACGAAAUUACUCAUUAAAAACGUUAUAAAACCGAAACUAUUAGUGCAGCGUUUUUCUAGUGCUCCUGUACUUCUUUCGGAUAAAUUACAGAAAUUCCGAACCUCCGAAUCGAAUUGUGCGAACCACACAGUAGAUCAUCUCGGUUUGUUUUAUAAAGUGCCCGUAGAAGACAGAAAACACAUAUUCACUUUAGGUGGUCUCCCCAAAUCAUUUGAUGUACAAACGAAAACCUUUAAUGAAACAUGCCUGAUGAUACGACAGCCCUCGUUAGAUAUAAUAAACUGUAUGAAGAACCUAGAUUUUUCAAAGCCUGUGGUGAGGUUCGUUUUGUAUGGUGAGAUGGGUAGUGGAAAAUCGUUAGCUUUAGCACAUGUUCUACAUUACGCCUACCAAAAUGGUUUCUUGAUGGUCCACGUUCCGUGGGUCGGCCUAUGGAUGCGUAGAUGUAAGGAAUACAGCAACAGCGAAACUAAGGAGGGUUACGUAGAUUUAAACCUGGACGCAGCAGCGUGGUUAUUGAAUUUCAAAACGCAGAAUUCCCAUUUAUUAACACAGCCCGAUAUUAAAACGGAUGUCGAGUAUGUUUGGAGUAAACGUGAAGUAACACCGGCCGGAUCAGAUUUGUUGUCUCUGGUAGAACACGGUAUAAACAGAGUGAAGUACGCUUCGGAAGUUAUAAUAGCCCUUGCUGAGGAGAUUAAAAAGCUCUCUAACAAGGGUGUUGUAAGAACGUUAGUGGCUGUAGACGGGUACAAUGCGUUCUUCUAUCCAAACACUCGAGUUUAUACGGAAAAGAAAGAAGUUGUUCAUCCGCAGAAGGUUACGCUUACGGAAGCCUUCAUGAAAUUGACGGAUUUUGAUUGGAAAAACGGCGUUGCUGUUUUAACUGUAGACGAAAUUGCCAUAGCUGAAGAGGAUCAAACAUGCCACUUACCUAGAUAUUUAUUGAGGAAAGAAGGUUUCGAGCACAUAGAUCCUUUUGUACCAGUACCAGUACUAAAUUACACGCACAAAGAAUUGACCAGCUGCAUGGACUAUUACAGAGAAAGGAAGUGGGUUAAGGACUAUCCAGGUUUAGACGAAGAGGUGGAGUUCAUCAGCAAUUCCAAUCCUUAUAAGUUGAUGAAAGUUUGUGCGCCUUUAUAA